GGGGGGGGGCUAAAAUUCAUGAGCUAAUUCCAGAUUUACAUCUUAUGUGUCGUCAUAUAUGUAGCUAACGCGCCGAAGACAAACACGAGAGGCGCUUUAAAGCUUCAGCUGUCACGCCGUGUCGCGUCAAACUGCAGCAGCGUAAGAACUUUUUAGGGGCUAGAAGAAGUGGCACUGGAGUUCCGCAAACGCGCCUCCCCCCCUCCCAGCCCAACGGUACUGUGCCGUGGCUGCGAGCAGUCAGCUGCGGCCGGAAGACGCGCUCUCACCCAGCCAGCUUUCAGCGACAAAGGAAGCGUCGCUCGGACCCCCGCGUCUUUAGCAUCAGGUUACGAAGAGCGCUUCCGGGAUGAGUACCGUUAAUUUUAAUACAACUCCUCGGAUAUACAGCUAUAGUCCCGAGUAAGAGUCUGAGUCUGAGUCUGACCUCAAGGCACGCGGUUGACCCGUUCGUGGAAGUUCUCCCGAGUAUAACGGAGCCAUGUGGUGUAGGAAGAGAGGUGUGGACCGAGGGAGGAGAAGGGUGCGAUCGGCUGCUGCCUGUACCGAGGUGUAAAAAAGACGCACCUUGGAGGAUAUGGACGUUGGGGUUACCGCGGCGGAAGUUACACUCGCGUCUGUCUUCUAGUCCGCGACAAACUCUCUCCACCGUCCCUGUGCGCGCCCGCGCGUGUGGGCAGCAGCAGCACUGCCUUUCGCAGAACUUCCACGAAGUUUGGAAUCAACUUUUUUUUUCUUCUUUCUUUUUUUGGUCCAGUGUGAAACAUGGGGGAGUCAACUUUAAAUUUCGGCUGCCUGCACAGAGUGUGCACACUGGUCGUGUGUCUCUGCUUGCUUCACAUUUCCUUUAUUUUUAUUUAUUACCUGAGGAAUCUAGAUAUAAGCGCUUCGUUUCUGCAGUUCCAGCAAGAGCAGCCGUCCGUCCCCGACCAAACGGAGCGGACUUCCAGCAGCAGCAGCAGAGGAGCUGCAGCAGCAGAGCUCGGAACCCCGGACCCCUCCGUCACGGUCACGCCGGCGCCAGUAGAAAAGCUCUCCGCUCUUAACAAAAGCGCUCCGCCGACUGACGCCAAACUGGACAGGUGUCCGGACCCGUCGCCCCUCCUGGUGGGCCCUCUGAGGAUUGAAUUUUCACAUCCAGUCAGCAUGGAUACCAUCAGAGCAGAGAACCCCAACUUGCGGGAAGGGGGCCGCUACAAGCCCAAAGACUGCAUUGCCCUGCAGAAGGUGGCCAUCAUCAUCCCCUUCCGUAAUCGCGAUGAGCACCUCAAGUUCUGGCUUUACUACCUCCACCCCAUCCUGCAACGCCAGCAGCUGGACUACGGCGUGUACGUCAUCAACCAGGACGAAGAGGAAACGUUCAACCGGGCCAAACUCCUGAACAUCGGCUACAUGGAAGCGUUGAAAGAAUACGACUACGAAUGCUUUGUCUUCAGCGAUGUGGACCUCAUUCCUAUGGAUGAUCGCAACACCUACAAGUGCUACAGCCAGCCGCGGCACCUCGCCGUGUCCAUGGACAAGUUUGGCUUCAAACUGCCCUACGUCCAGUACUUUGGAGGAGUCUCGGCUCUCAGCAAGGAGCAGUACCUGAAAAUUAAUGGCUUCCCCAACAACUACUGGGGCUGGGGAGGUGAGGAUGAUGACAUCUACAACAGGGUAGCUUCAAGGGGAAUGUCGAUCUCCCGGCCAGACAGUGAAGUGGGAAAAUGCCGAAUGAUCCGCCAUCAAAGGGAUGAGAAGAACGAAGCCAAUCCUCAGAGGUUUGACCGACUUGCCCACACCAGAGAAACGAUGAACACGGAUGGCAUCAACAGCUUGGUGUACAAAGUCAUCCGAAUUGAGAAGGACAAGCUAUAUACAAAAAUUACUGUGGAUGUGGGCAAGCCUUCUAGGUAACUUUGACUUGAUCAGGGGGAUUUUGUUUGUUUUAUGCAGUAGCCAAAAUGUGCCUUGAUAUGGUGUGAAUGUGUGUUGGACUUUUUCAUAAUCCUGAAAUGAAAGAGUUGAGGACAGAUCUGUAAACCUCAGAGAUCUCAUUGUGAGAUGUUUGCACUUCCGACUGUGAAUUGUAUGUCGUUUUUGAUCUUGUUUUGUUUAGGGGUAUUUUGAGGAUAACUUUAGAAUUAUCUUGGAACCGUUUACAGCAGUACUGCAGUAAAUGCAAGGAUUAUCGAAAAAUACACGUUUAUAUAUUAUAUUUCUGGGAAAUUAAAUUCUGAGCCUUCCGUCAAAUUGGAAUUCUUUCACCAAUGCUUUGGUUUCAUUUGGUCAACUUCUCAUGUAUGACUUUUCCAUCAUAUUUUCUGUAUUACUCAGUGGUAUCACUGUAAGGUAUUUAUUUGUUGGCAUUGUAGUUUUGAUGUUCCAUUUCUUCAGAUGCAGGAAAACUAAGUGUUGUGAAAACUUGUCGUAUCUCACUGAUAAAGGUGAAGAUAAUGAUAACCCAAAAGAAUACAGCAGGACAGUUUUCAAGACAAAGGAAAUAAGCAGGACCUGAUUCUCAGUACUCCCACUGGUUUUAUAUUAAUUGAUGUAACUGCAGAGCCUAGUUGAGGCACAUGAGGAAACUGGUCUGCGUAGUGGUGUAUAAUUUGUGCUCCGAACAACUUAUGUUGAUGAGAGAUUGGUGGGUUAAAACAGACGCUCCAAAUUUCUCUGACAGCUGUAUCCGGCUUGCACAUUUUGUCAGACUUCCUGCAUAAUGACUUUCCUGCAAAAUAUUUUUACGACGAACUUCAGUACAGUUCAGGUUUUCGGAAGGUUUUUGGUCGAAGUUUUUGAGCUGCGGUCCACUUCCUGUAACCUAUAAUGAGGGACCUGUCCGCAUACCAACCAUGGUAAUUCCCCCACGGUGCGGUAAAUGAUGUUGAGCCAUUCAUUCAUUCACAGUGGAGCCAAAUAUUUGGUAUCGGUGCCUUUUGUUUCAUUGUUUUCUGCACCUGUAACGAAACUGCUUUGAUCUAUAUCACUGUUUAGUAACUGUAUUGUGUAAUUGUUACAAGGUGAUGGGGCAUUCAAGCAACUUUUUUUUGGGGGGGGGGUUAAGAAAGCAUACCAAAAUAUGAUUCAUGUGUAGAAAGUUGUUUUACAUUUUGUUUUAUGGAGGUCAUUACAUAUAUAGAAUACAUUUUUUAAACUGUA